AUGUCGGAAGGUUUUAGCCAUGGAAUAUCAAAAAGUAGCAUCCAAGCUGUGUCAGAAGAGGCCGAGAAGGCCCAUCUAGCCAAAGAAGCUGCUAAAAUCAAGGAAUUCCUGACAAUUGUCGAUGAUAUGAAUACUAGAAGAGCUGCUCAAAUAUAUGAUCAAGGCUCUUUGGAAUUAACGACACAUGCCAUUAUCAUGAAUUCAGACUAUUACACCGCAUGGAACUAUCGUCGUGAAAUCCUAGUGUCGUGGUUUACAAGUCUAACGGACGAUGAAAAGCAAACCAAAUGUACUGCAGAGCUGCUUUUGACUCAAGAACUUGUACGUCAUCAACCAAAAUCGUAUUGGUUGUGGAAUCAUCGACGAUGGACUUUGAGCGUCAUGCCUCGCCCAAACUGGGGUCGUGAAUGUGAUCUAUUAGAUGCCAUGCUUAAUCUGGAUUCCAGAAACUUUCACGGUUGGGAUUAUCGUCGAUACGUAAUGCAAGCUUCGGGAGGCAUUCGCUCACCUCAAGAGGAAUUCAAAUACACGUCGAAAAAGAUUGAGCAAAACUUUUCAAAUUAUUCAGCAUGGCACUAUCGCACUCCCGAACCCGUCGAAAUGAGUGGAAUGUAUUUCUUACGGACUCCCAAAGAUCCUUCUAUCGAAUUAUAUGCCGUACUCGUAUUUAAUCAACCAGUCAAGGUUCUGUCAUCAUCGGCUUUCAAACUGGUGAUUGACGACGAAGAGAUACCGAUACCACCUAAGAUGCCAUACGAGUGUGUGCAACUCAUCAAGCUCACACCGUCUGCUAUUCAACACAAAGUGGGCCAACGGUCUGUUGAUCUCUACGUACAAGCUGGAUCUUUAGAGGGUAAACUUGGUAUUAGGCUGGAACGAAACAUUCAUAGAACGGCUAAAUUCAGUGCCACAAUACAUUCUCGAGCUAUCUCUGAAGUAGAUAGCAAUCUCAAUGUGAUGGAAUUUGACGAAGUCAUUGACGAAGAUGGGGCUGUAACUGCCACAACUCAACUAGCAGACUCGAGUUUACCUCAGCCGCGAGAAGUAUGGGAACGAGAGUAUGCAAAUCUGAAGGAGCUUUCUGAAAUUGAGCCAACAAGCGACUGGUGUAAGUUGACAAUCGUCUAUAUACUGGACGAGCUAGGUGAUCGUGCUGAUGACGCCAUAUCACUUUUGAAUGAAUUGAUUCUAUUGGAUCCCCUGAGGCAGCACUACUUUGAAGACCUUCGUUCCAAAUUCAUCUGGAGAAAGUUGACAGCCAACAUCUCGAAACGAGUGAACAAUGUUACAUUGGCUGAUUACUCGAGAGCUAUACAUGCUGCACACGUAUCAUACCCAAAUCAGAAACUGACCACUAUACCGCAACCGUACCUGUUGACACUCCAAUCCACAAUCAACCUUUCUCAAAACUCGUUAAGGUCGAUGGCCUCUGCAAGAGCUUUUGCCUUUGUCAAGAUUCUAGGUCUUGAUGAUAAUGGUAUUGAGCGUAUAGAAGGACUCUCAGGUAUGCCACUGUUGGAUACCUUGUCUCUAAAACGAAACAAGAUAAAUAGGAGAGAUGGGUUGUUGGGUCUCCGGGAUGCUGUGAGAUUGGACGAGCUGUAUCUAGAAGGACUUUGGCAAAAUGUAUCCGAGUACUUGAUAAAGAAGAAUUUGAACAAGUCUACAAUACGGUCGACCGAUAAUAUGUCGACACUAUUUGGCAAGAAAAAGCCGUCUCUUAAACCGGGAGCGCCAAUAGUAGUUGGCACGCCAUCUGAAGUGGUGUCUUCCACAAAAAUCUCAAAUGGUGGCCUCAAUGAGAUCAUGCCCUCUGAAGGAGAAGUUAAUGCAGCCUUUGAAGGGUUCCUGGCUGAAAUGGCGCUACCAGAAGACAAACUCAGCGCCAUGCGCUCAAUGCCUCUUGACCGCAAAUGGGGUACUGUCGAUGGUGAAAAGUCAACGCCUAAGAAGUACGUAGAGGUCCUAAAGGGUAGUCUUCAAGCUAAAGAGUUGGCUCGAGAACUGCAAUCCCUUGAAGUGGAUUUGAGAGGAGAACCUAUAUCUUGGGUCAAAGAAUUUGUAGCUGAACAAGGACUGCCACUAUUAUUGGAUUUACAGAAAAAGUUGUUUACAAAGUCCAAUCCAUCAGCAGAUGAAAAGGAAGCACAAAAUCAUUGUGUCCGUUCUCUCAAAGCUAUGAUGAAUAACACGUACGGGUUGAUCACGACGAUGCAAUACCCGGACGGUAUCAAUAAUAUCGCCCUCGCGCUGGCAUCACCAUCUCUAAAGGUCCAGACAUUAGUACUUGAAGUUCUUGCAGCUGUUUGUUUUGUGACAAAUGGACAUGGCUUGAUCCUCAAAAGCAUGCAUUACUACGCAGAGGUGAUGAAACACAAGUAUAGAUUUCAGAAGUUGUUGCUCAAUUUGGACGAAGACAGUACUGAAGUCAGUGACGAGAGUUAUGCUUAUCUUGAAUGUCAGAUUGGAUGUCUUGCGCUCAUCAACGCUAUAGUGAAUUCUCCUGAAGAAUUAGAUCAGCGGGUCAUAUUACGAAACGAGUUCAUGGAUCUAGGAAUUCUUGAUAAGCUACCUGCUUUACGUUUGAUUGACAAUUCCAACGUCAGGACUCAGUUGCAGAUCUUUGAAGAUGAAGCUUCCGCUGAUAAUGAAGCGAUCGCUGAAGCUCUGGAUCUCCAAGAGGUCGACAUGCAAGAUCCUGAAGCUUUGUUUGAUUCAAUUAAAGCUCACAUCAGCGAUCCGGAAACCCAUAAAUGGUUUCUGAGAGUUUUACAACAUCUCUUUGUCAUGCCGUUGGAUAAAUAUCGCGGACCCAAACACUGGCAACUGAUUCAAAUGGUGCUUACUCAAAUCAUGUUUCAACGACAUGGUCUGGUUCCAGAUAUCCUUCGACUGAAUCUCAAUAUGGAAAGUGUAGUCAAUCAACUUGUCCGUCAAGAUGAAUAUGAUCGUGCCAUUAAGAGUGUCAAGGAAUCAGCAUCACGAAUCAAUGAAUGGGAAGCCAGAGUCACUCAAUUGGAAGGCAAAGAUGUUAAGAAGCUAAAGGUUGACGUGGCACCAGAUUCUCAGAAUAAUGAUGCACCUGCUUCUCCAGUCAAGACAUCAGGAGCCAAUUUAACUGUAGCCAUCACAACCGAGGUUGCCAACGCACUUGGUCAAGCAACCAUUGAUCUGAGUGCAGCUCCACUUCCAUCAGGUGUAAAUAUAUCUCCAGAAGCUCGACAAGCUUUACAACAAUAUGUUGAUCAAAUUGUCAAGAAGGCCAAAGAGAGCUCACCAUCUAGGGCUGCUCCUCCUAUACCACCCAAGAGCGCAAAAGCACAUGGUACUGCAGCAUCAGUAAAGUCUUCAGACGACACACUUGCUACUCACGCUGAAAUCGAUGCUUCUGCUCCACCACCACCUCCCCCGCCAAUGAUGGAUGGUGCACCGCCUCCUCCGCCUCCACCACCUGGAAUUGGAGGUCCACCACCGCCUCCACCACCACCGGGAAUGGGAGGUCCACCACCACCACCGCCGCCGCCUGGAAUGGGAGGUCCACCACCACCCCCUGGUGCUACAGCUGAAGCAUCGCUUUUCCCACCAAAACCGAAACUACAACCACACACGAAAAUGCGUCAACUGCAAUGGUCCAAACUACCACCAUCUCAAAUCCAAAAUACUUUCUGGCGUACUCUUGCUGAGAAACCGCAAUCUGAAGACAGACUUCGUCGAGAAAAAAUCGAUCUAGACGAACUGGAAAAGAUGUUUGCAGCAGCUGCUCCUGCAGCGUCUUCUUCUCUGGGCUCUGAUGGUGCAUUAAAUUCUGCCAAGAGUGGUUCAAAGGAAGGUCUUGCUGGUAAAGAAAAGAAGGUGGUUACUUUAUUGGAUUCCAAGAGGUCAAAUAAUAUCUCAAUCAUGCUUGGUCGUGUCAAGAUGCCGUUUAAGGAAAUCAGAGAAUCACUCAUCCACAUGGAAGGUGAAAAGAUUUCUGAGAACUUGAUCAAGAUGUUUUUGGCCUCUGUGCCUACUGCUGAAGAAUCAGACAUGAUACGAGACUAUGUUGGGCAUGAUGAGAGCAAACUCAUUGAGUUGGGUAAAGCUGAACAAUUCUUCUGGGAGAUGCUCAAGGUUCCAAGAUAUGAAGAGCGUCUGAAGGCUCUCGUAUUCAAGUUCAGAUUUGGAGAAAGAACUUCUGAAGUCAAACCUCAAAUCAACUGUAUUCUGCAAGCUUCCAAGCAGAUCAAGGAAAGCAAGAAAUUUGCUAAAAUAUUGGAGAUUAUUCUGGCUGUUGGAAAUUGGAUGAAUGCUGAUAGUUUCCGUGGUGCUGCCUUUGGGUUCUCUAUCGACACUUUGCAGAAGUUGGGAGACACUAAAGGUGCAAAUGGCAAGAGCUUUCUGCACUACUUGACUCGCAUCGUCGACAAGAAAUUCCCAGAAGCCAAGGAUCUUGCAUCAGAACUCACUGGAAUAGAUCAAGCUUCAAAAACCUCCUUACAAGGUAUCAAUCAAGAAAUCGGCGAGUUGCUCAAGGGCUUUGAAGAUUUAGAACGACUAGCCAACAGCCAGGACAGUCUACCCAAAGAAGACAAGUUGAAAGAAGUCAUCAAGAACUUUGUCACAGCAAACAAGCAGAGUAUUGAUGAGCUCAAAAAGCUGAAGACUGAUAUGGAAACUACAUUCAAAUCUGCACUGGAAUUCUAUGGAGAAGAGGCCAAGACUACACCAGAAGUAUUUUUCGGCAUGCUAUCAACUUUUGUUCAUAACCUUCAGAAAGCACAAAAGGAAAACGAUGCUGCUGAUGAGGCCUUGCGAAAAGGGGCACAGCGAGCGCCUGCAUUUGGAACUCACGAGAAGCAGUCUUCUCAUGUUGACUUAACGACUCAGAUUGAGCGUAAAGGAGUCAUGGAUGACUUGAUAACGUCUCUUAAAUCAGGAGAUGCCUUCAGAAGAAAUGAAAAGAGUCGGGCAGUCACACCUGGAAAGGAAGUGAAGGCAGCUACUGGGCUUGCUGUUCCUGGAUAUGCUCCUCCGGUCCCUCCUAGAAUGGAUGCAAAGGAAUUAUUACAGAAAGUGAAGAGAGAUCCUGCAUACUAA